UCUUGACAAGCUUUUUUGCCACCAGUCAUGGCGUUUGUUUACUUUCUAUAAAGUCGUGAUCUUGCUGGUAUCUAGCGAAGUUUUUGAUUGCAAUCGCUAUGGUAACCCGAGAGCGCUUGGCGUCAAAUGGUGUUUGGCGCAUUUUGAUUUCUGGUUUUGUUGUUAUACAGAAAAUGGGUCGCUUUUGUUAAAGCGUUUGGCUUCAAGGUUUUUUGAGGCAGGAAAAAUAUCAGACAGCUUAAGGUAAAUAUCAGACAUUUGAAACAGAUGUUAUGUGAGAAUUGGCCAGUUCUCAGACAAAGUGGAUAAAUAAUCGGAUACACCUUGGCAAGACAAUGCAAUGUAAAUUCGACUUGCUGUUUAUUGCUUUCACCUGUGUUACGUCACUGGUUUUUGAGUAUGGAAACUGUUUUCGCUCUGAAGAAGCAGAAGGAAAAGUGAAUGUAAAUAUAGAGUUUACUUCGGAAGAAGGAAGUUUGAAUAAAGUUAUUGGAGAACGCCAGUUUAAAAGAAGUGUUCCGGAUGCUGACGAUGGAGUUGUUUUCAUGCCAAACCUGAUGACAGAGAACAUGAUGCAAAAUGAUUUGAUGGCAGUUUCCACCCCUGCAAAAUUUCGAGAAAAGAGAAGUAAGCACUCAAAAAAAUCUCCAGAAAAAUAUUCUAAGCGAAAUCAGAUCCAGAAAUCUCCCAACACCAAAGAUGAACUCAUGAACAUCCUCGGAGCCAUAAGGGAGGCAAAGCAUCACAAACUAUCAAGAAAUGAUAUCAGAAAACUAGCAAAGAAAGCAUUUGCACGAAUGAAGUUGAAGAAAGCAAAUGGAGAACCAAGCUCCAAAACUGAUGAGAAGGCUACCAAAAAGAGCGAAAUUAAACCAGAUCAGGAAAGUGAUAAGAAAAUAAAGCAAAAAGUAAGCAAAUCUACUUCUUCGAACAAACCGAAGAAAGCCAAAGAAGAUGUCAAAGUUUCAAAAACUGCAAAAGAAGAUGAAAAGGCAUUCUCAAACAUUUUUGAUGAUUCAACAAAACCAAAGCAAUCAGAAUUUGCAGAAGAUAUAUCAAAACUGGGAGAUACAGCAAAGUUCAGCGAAAUGCUUUCUGAUGAAGAUAUGACCAAGAAGAAAAGCGACUUCGAAAAUAAUUUAGAAGCAACGAUGGGAAAGGCAGCAGCCAGCACAAAAGGCAGUCAGAAUUCAAAAGACGCAACACAGUCAUUAGAGCAGGAAGUGAGCAAGGUGGUCGAUGAAAAGAAGGAGAAGGUUAUAUCUUUGGAUCAAAAGAAAGAUGAGAAUUCAAAAAAGAGCAGCAUACCAGACCUUGGACGAGAUGAGAAGAUCAAAACACUGCGAAGCUUACUUGCAAAAGCAAACAAAAACAAAGUUCCUAAAAAAUUCCUUCAAGAAUUUCCAGCUGGACUGCGCAUGAUUGCAUGGAGGGAGCUGUUGGAGAAAAAGAAAAAGGAACUAGGCGAAUUAGAGAAGCUCGCACCAAAGGACGGACUAGGGAAGAAAAGUGAUAAAGCGGAUAGCGAGGAUCAUCCUGUUACAGUUAACAUUGAUAUUGACCCUACUGCAGAUAAGGCAUCUGAAGAACUAAAAGAAGCAAAGGACCAGACCCCGAACAGCCAUCAUAUAGAAAGUCACGUGAAAUAUUUACAGAAACAUCUCUCGAGUGCACAGGAUUUGCGCAAGUUAAUCUCAAGGGCCUUGAUUGGGCAUUGCAAAGCCACUGGGAAGAGAAUUCUCAAGGCAUUUGUUGCAAUGGACAAAGCUUUAGCGCGUGCGCAGAACAUAGCUACCGUUAUUGGAAAGAAAUUCAAAGUGGACGCCAGUAAAAUCGAAACAAUUGUAGUCAAUAAGGAAGAUGAGGUCGUUGAGUCAUUUCUUCGAGACAUAUUUUCAAAUUUUACACCUAAGUAAUCCAGUGGCGGCUCCAGCCUGGGAUAAAUGGGGGACAAAAGGUGUGACAGGGACCACGCCCUUUUGGACCACAUUCUUUUCCCUCCCGUGAUUGAAACAUUUUCUUCCGGAGGAUACAACUCUUUUCUCCCAAGAUAUGUCAUUUAAAUGUGACGAUCUAGAUAACGUACAUAUCCCCCCCCGAUGUUUUCUCAUCAGGUUUGCAAGAAUCUCAAGGACCGACUUUCUGAAAAAGUGGGGAGGGACUAGCCCCACUUUUUCCCCCAUUCCCCCCGUGGCUCCGCCACUGAAGUGAUCUUGUCAAAAACGAAAUAUAGAUUUCUAAAUACUGCUAUCAAUAUGCAUUUUCUAUAACAUACUUUUGUAGAUAUACAUAUUUUGUUAGAAACAAAAAACACGAUAUGAGAUAAGAGAACAAAAACAUUGCUAUGAGAUUGGCAAUUUAUUUAGUAUAUUUCAACUUUAACAUGCACACAGGAAGCUACAUCAAUAGAACAAACACCAUAGGAAAGGCUUGCCAGCUACAACACACUCUUUCGUUCAUCUAUGCAAAUCAUUCUUAAUUUUCCGAAACUAGAUUUAAUAUAAUUUCGUUCUAUAAUUAAGUAUAAGCAAAAACUGAUGCAACUUUUGUAUUAAUAAA